CAAUUAAUUCACUUUGAUUUCUCUCCAACACCUUCUUUCAUUACUCUGUGCGACCAUGCGGAUACAUCUUGAAGUAUAAUGCCAGACAGGUUCGUCGCAUCCAAACUUCAAUUGGGAACCCUCCUAUCCCAGAUAUGAGUCGCGAACAGACCAAGGCGGCCCUGUAUAUUCAGCAGCUGGACGAGGCCCGCUGUAAUGGAGACUGGGAUGCGGUACCGGAGUUGAUCAGGAAGAUCAAGAAACACGCGCCGCAGCGGACUUGUCUUGCAAUCACAGCCGAAUCCGAGCAUGCAGUCGUCCAAGCCUCCCACACUAGACCUCUUACUGCACGGCCGAGUACUGCCAGACCCGCGACUGCUAAUACGAGCACAUCUGCACAAUCCAGUCUACGACGAUAUAUCGACCUUCUAUUGGAAGCAAUUGGAAAUGAACGAACAUACGUUGAGGAUGAAUUCCAGGCACGGGUAUGUCUUGGCUGGAUUCAUUGGCAGAUGGGCGAAUUAUCACUGGCCGUGAACAAGCUCCCGCAUAGUAUAGAACAGGACUUUUCACAACUGGAUGGUACCGAUAAAGAGUCGGCUGAGUGGACGAGAGUAUGCGCGCUCAAAGCCUCUUACCUCAAGGGUAGUUCACAAGAGAAACUUGGAGCUGUCGCUGAGGCAUUGGACACAUACGAAUCAGCCCUACCAGUUCUUUCAAGUAUGUCCAAUCCAAAGCAAGGCAAGGAACUGCGAUGUUGGACAGAGUUGUACCUGACAGGAUUCUGUAUACUGUCAAGUCAAGCCGUGAAGUCCAAGAUGUCCUCGAUCCUGGAGACGGAAACGCUUUCAGCUUUUCGGUGUUGGGCAAGAUUUUGGGAUGCUCAAUCAGCUGCGCCAACAGGCGGACGUGCAGUCGAUGCUGGCGUUCCACGGAGACAAGUCUGGAAAGAAUACUACAUCACACUUUCUGAUUUGCUCCAACAAGAUCUGCCCUUUCCUACCACAUCACUUACGACUGCCUAUGUUGAGACAUCUACUAGACUUCAGCAGCGCGCUGAGCUGAAGAGAGUGGAAGCACGAUACGAGACUCUUUUGCUUAGCGAGGUCCAAUUUCCAAAAGCCAACGAAGCCAGUGAUGAGGUUGAAGCGUUUGCAGACAUUGUAGUGCAAAAUUGGAGAGUACUUUGCGGCAGUGGUUGGGACGAACGGGACCUUGGAGAAGGAGGGGCAGAAACUGUUAGCCGAGGAGUCCUUGAUAUUCUCUACCGUGCGGCAACAAAGACAUUCCACUCAACGGCAGUAUUGCGACAUCUCUUCACUGUUCAUUUGGCAGUCGCGGAGUUCGAUUUGGCGUUCAAGGCCUUUGAUACUUACCUGGAAAUUGUGAAGAAAGGCAAGGCGAGGGUCGACAAGACUGGCGAAGCGGAACAUAGCCUCGACGACGACGAAACAGUCCUGAAAACUGCUUCCGAGUGUAUCAAAGCUUUGUGCAGGUACGGAUCACGUCAAGGGACUGAGAAAGCCAAGGAACUCGGUCACUUCUUCGAGGAUUGGCUAGAUAAGCAUCAUCCGAAUAUCGCACAUAAUGGAAACGGACGUUUGAUCGAGAAUGGUAAUGCUUCAGCCACAUCCACAGCCAUUGUCAUUGCACCAAGAGUAUUUGCCGUAGCGUGGCGCUGCAUUGGUAUCGGUCAUGCUCAAUGGUCGCGACUGACCUACGAUGCUUCGUCGAGAUCUGAGAUACAACUACAAGCUAUCAAAUGCUUUCGCAAAGCUCUAUCACCAGAAUACGAAAGCACAAAAGAUGUUGAGACUCUUUUCGCGUUAGGAAUGGUGCUAGCUGAAAGAAGAGAAUUACCUGCUGCAAUCGAGGUUGUCAAGGCUGGACUUCUCCCCAACUCGUCAUCCAAUCACACGAAUGAACUAGGCCCCCACACCCGCAGAUUUGCUAGGGAACGUUCAUUGAUACCUCUUUGGCACCUUAUGGCCUUGCUACUUAGUGCUAGACAAGAGUUCACGACUGCCGCAAGAUCUUGCGAAGGAGCUUUUGAACAGUUCAGAGAUCCUAAAUUUUUAUUCGGAGAGGCAGAUCUCCCGGGUACUUACCGAAGCGCCCACCUCAACGAGAAAAGAUCGCCACAACAUCAAGGAAUAGUAGAUAACAUGGAUGAUUUUGAAAAGCAAGGAGUCCUUGAGGUCAAGAUGACCCAGCUUGCAUUGAUCGAAGUGCUUGAGGGUCCCGACAUUGCUGUGAAUGCCAGUGAUGAGCUCUUGAGUCUUUACACACGCCUUUUUGGAGACCCUCAAAAAGAAUCCGCUACUUCUAUAUCAGCAAGCAAUACCCUCACGGGCCCACCAAAAAGUUCUGCUGGAACAAUAAGGAGCAUAAGAGGCAGCAUAUUCAGCCGUACAGGCCGAUCGUCGGUGCGAAAGCCUCCAUUGAGCGGAAAUACGAUCACCGAAGAGAAAUCAGCGUCUGACCUGAGGCCACACACAACACAGACUAUGGCAAGCAUGAGAGCACCAACCAUUCAUGUGACCAACGAGAAUGGAAGUGCGACUAGCCGCAAGGAACACAGCCAACAUCACCACGAGAAACUCCAGAAGCGAAAUGAUAGCGUCUCAAAAAAGAAAGGCGGAAGUCUUCGAAAGAGGAGUGGUAGUACAUCCCGAAAACGAAGUAGUAGCGAAGGAAACAGUGCUCGCCCAACAGUCGUUGAUGAUGAAAAGUUCUUCACUCCACCGUUGGACAGUGCUAACCAUGAUGAAUGGUUCAAAGACAACCAAACAGACUCCCGUGAAGGUUCAGCUGGAAAUGCUCCGAAUCAGCUCAAUACGGUAUCAAGGCCACUACCUCCAAAGUCACAACAGAUGAAUUACAAAGAGAAGUCCCUGAAACCUGCUUACUCUAACCCUUCGAUUGCCCAAGACAAUCGAUUGCCACACAUUUCACCGUAUUCAUCAUCCACGAAUCCAGUAACUCGAUUUUCCAAAGAACAAGAAAGAAGGCGGAGAACGACCAUCUUGGUGAAAGUUUGGCUAUUGAUCAGUGGUUUUUAUCGUCGCGCAUCACUGUAUGAAGACUGUAGAGGCGCCAUUGCAGAGGCAGAGAAGCUGGUCCGAGGCGUAGAGAAUGAGAUCUCUAAGGAUACUACUGGAAAUAUAUCUUCUGACCAAGCUGGAUGGGCUGGUGGCAAGUCUGUUGGAGAAGUAUGGGCUGAUGUUCUCGCAGAGCGCGGAUAUCUUGCCGUGGCAGAAGCCUCUCCUUAUGACGCUUUAACACAUUUCGAGUCAUCUCUGACAUACUUCGCUGAUCAUCCCGCUGCGAUAAUUGGCCUCUCGAAUAUACUCCUUGACGUUUACUCCGAAGAUCUCCUUCCUCCAACUACGAUACCCAAACUUGAAUUACCAACGCUCCUUAGUACACCUUCACAAUCGACCCUUAAUACUUCAGCUCCACCAACGACUCCACUCACGAAUCAGCCACCUCCAUUAAAACACUCUUCUACCAUACCUUUGGUCUCUCACGGUCCACUUGGACUUCCAAGCGCAAAAUCAUCUGGAAAUAAGAACAAACAGGAUCUAACUUCGACCCCUAAUUCACUUUCUUCAGGACUUCAGCCCAGCUACAAAGAAUCUUCGACGGCCCUUCUUGACCGCUUGGCAGCAAGAGAUAGAGCAUACGGACUGCUCACAGGUCUUACAAAGCUCGGCACAGGCUGGAACAACAGCGAAGCAUGGUUUGCACUUUCCAGAGCUUACGAAGAAGGUGGGCAGCCUGAUAAAGCAAGAGAAGUUCUUUGGUGGUGCGUAGAGCUAGAAGAAGGUAGAGGCGUGAGGGAUUGGAGUGUGGUGUCGAGUGGUGGCUACGUGUUUUGACGCCUUUGCGUUUGCAAGCCAUGUGUAUUUCACGAAUUCGCAGACGUAUAUACUGAAUGCGAAACGCUGAGAUAGAUGAGAAUGAGAUACCUACUUGCGUCUGUUUUACGUUUGGGACCACGUGUUUUUCUUCUCCUGCGCGCGUAGUACAGAAC